GUCUGUGCUGUCCUCUUUCUUUCUCUCUCUCGCUCUCUACACUCAUCGCAUCAUUCUUCUUCGUUUUCUUUUCCCGCAGUGUGCGUGUUUUUCUGUGUUUCCCCCUCUCUCUCUCUCUGUGGGUGUUUCACCUCCACUCCCUUUCGCUCGUUCUCUCCCCUUCCGAACUCGAAUCCCUUUGGAGGGAGUGUGUUCGUCUCUCCCCUCCUCUCCCGUCCUCUCCCCUUCCCUCCUCUCCCCUCCUCUGCCCUUCCCUCCUCUCUCCUCCUCUCCUCCUCCUUUCCUCCUCCUCUCCUGUGCUUCUGCCGUCCUCUUCCCUCCUCUCUCCUUUCUCUGCCCUCCCUUUCUCUCCUGUAUUUGUGUUGGCCCUUUCUCUCCCCUCCUCGGUCUCGACAAGUUUUCUGUGCGAUAAGACGGUCAUGGCACCUCCACUUGGACAUGGCAGAACUGGAGUUAUCGCCGAGGUUCGAUCCGUGCCCUCCACUACUCGUGUGACUUCCAAGACCUUGAAGACGCCGUUACUUUCUCCUCGUAGAUUCGGUGUACUGAGUCCUAAUAAUGACGAGACGGAGCGGCAGCGCGCGCGUGACGCGCGCGCGGCUGCGCAGAAUCUGUUCCGCGCAUCCGGCGCUGAAAAAGGGCGGCAAGAUGGCGCAGUCGGCGAGGAGACAGGGGAUGGUCGAUCGGGAUCGGGAUCGGGGGGUGGGCUGAAUCGCCAGCAAGUGCUCGAUCUCUAUCAGAAUUGCAUAAAGCUGGCAUCGGAAAACAAAAUCACCCAGAAAAACACUUGGGAUUUACAACUCAUUGACCACAUCAGCGAUAUUGUGAAGUCUGAAGUGGAUGACCAGAACCAGACUAAUUUCCAGAAGGCAAGCUGCACUCUUGAUGCAGGUGUGAAAAUUUAUUCGUGCCGGGUUGACUCCUAUCAUUCAGAAGCUUUCAAAGUCCUUGGCAGUCUCAGUUCUACUGCGGCAGAACCACGAGCAGAUGGGGAUAAAGAUGGUGAACUUGCUGGAGCUGGAGAUGAGAACGGCGAAGAAGAUGACCGAGGCGAAAGAGCACGCCCUGGAAAAAGGGUAUCUGGCCCAUCCACUACGUUGGAGUCUACAUUGGAUGCUCUUAACGUGAAAAGAUUUGACGCUACACUUGCUGUGGACCCUCUUUUUCAUCAGACCUCAGCGCAAUUUGAUGAAGGUGGUGCCAAAGGUCUCCUCCUGAACAAUCUCUCUGUUCACAGAGGGCUUGAGAUUAUUUUUGAUUCGGCUGAAGUGCCGGACAAGUGUGCGGCAGAGGACGCUUCAGAGGCCGCCAUGACAGGGAGGGGAAAUGCGGUCAUUGACCUUUCGCCCACCACAGAUAAGCUUGCGGCCAAUUGGAUAUGUGCUUUUGAAUCGAUGGAGAUCACUCCAUCUUUGAGGGAAAUUAUGGCGCUGCUAGAAGAUCCUGCACGCACUGCUGCAGAAGCGGAACUAGCAUCUGAGGGUCCUCAUGCAGAGAUGAAAUUUUCGUCGCCGGAUUUCGGAGAAAAAGGUGCUCAGAAUGACAUUCCAGCUGAUGUCAAUGAACCGGGAGAAGAAGCUGGACCAGGUUCGGUCGACGAUGGAGUUGUUGAAGAUCAAGAGCUGAGCGAUGGAGACGUGGCCAGUGGUUUUGAUGGAGGAGGAUAUGAUGAUUUUAAUGAUGGUGGAUUCAACCAAGAGGGCGGAGAAGGCCAUGAGAAUAACGGAGAAGAUGACUGCGCUGAAUCUCCAUUCAACCCUGGGGAUAGCAAAUUAAAGACCAUGAAGGAUUGUGAGCAGGCAGUUAAUUGGCUAACAGCAGGAAGAACUGGCUUAACGGCAAAGUCUAAUGCAUGGGCUGGUCCUGACCAUUGGCGUUUUACUUGGCAUAAAGAUGCGAGUGCUACUGUGGAAUCUCAUUCAUCUGAUGGUGACGGCCAGCAUCAUAAAGCUGAUAAAGCUGGAGGCAAAGCAAAGACAGUGAAGAAGCAGCCCCUGUUCAUUGACUUUUUCCAUCCCCCAGAGAUCGAUGUGAGCUUGUUCCAACCUCCUAAAGAUGAGAAAGAGACACUAUUUGUGAAGCGAACGGGUGGGAAAUCCACUGACAGUUACUUGCUGCCUGAUGAUCAUCACUAUGAUCCAUUGCGCCUCAUCUCGCUGGACCUCCGACCAAAUGUCAUGUGCGUGACUAGAAGUACUGGUAAAGGGCCUUCAGGUUUACAGGCAAUGUUUGGUGGUGAAGAAGGCAUGGAUGAUAAUGAUGCUGAUGACGAUGAUGAUGGCGGCGGGGGUGACCCUCAUGGUGGAGGGCAUUUUGAAGGCGCGUGGGAUGAUGACACGUGCCUCAAUUCUCCUGUCCCAGACGGGAACUGUGGUCCAGACUAUGCAGACGAAGCUCCCGGGCAAAAAGCGGGCGACAAAUCCUCCGAGCAUACACCUGAGAUGGACAGAUUAUUGCCUCGCCCAAGACAGGUGAAACAAAUCGAGGUUACAUAUGCAAGGAGAGCGAAACAGGUGGAUGUGAAGGUGCUCAAGGAAACCUUGUGGAAAGGCUUGCACAAACUUGCCUCUCAUCAACAGGAGGAACGAAGAAGUGGGCUUGUCGAUUCGCCGGAGGGGGGGAUGGAUGGGCAGCAAGAAGAGCAAACACGCAUAGGUGGUCAGCAAUGUUCUGCCAAUGCUGCGGCCGCAGUGUCGUUCAGGGAGCUUUUGAAAAGGUUCCCGGCAGAUUGCAGAGCGGCGGAGAGCUUGGCCGACAUCUCCGUUCACAUGUGUUUCAUCUGCUUGCUGCAUCUCGGAAAUGAACACGGUUUGAGGAUCGAGGGCUCCGACUCCCUGGAGGAAGUGACUGUUUAUAACAUUGGGUAGGGACUUGAGAAAGAAGAUGUCAAAAGAGAAAAAAGAACGAAAAAAAAAAAAAGAAAAAAAAAGCGGAUAUGAUUGGAACUCUCGA